AUGCCCCGAGCCUUACAGCUCUUGAACAUUUUGGCUGUGCUGUUUGAUUGCUGUCCUAAUACAACUCUGGCGUCAGCGGCGCAAACUUGUAAAUUGUGGUGGAUCCCGGCUCUGCAACGCUUGUGGCGAGUGCUUGAUACUCCAUUGCCUCUCCUUCUGCUGCUAGGGAAGACUGAUCGGUGGGAUACCCGUAGGUAUGUUUCCAAUAGUAUGGAUUUGGACGCACUACCAAGAGUCCAAUUUUAUGCACAAUUUGUUCAGUGUAUCUCCGUUCGUAUUAGCCGCCGUAGCGACAUUCAUCUCAAGCUGCUGAGCGAGUUUACCCAGGUGGUGCAGUUUUUGCAUCCACAUCUUUUCCCGCAUCUCACCUCUUUGGAUCUCACCUCUUCGGAUUGCUACUCUAAUGGGCCACAGGCAAUCCGGAUUGCUUGCGCUUGGCUUGCCACAUGCCCUCCCAAGAUCUCACUCUCUUUCCUUGACUCUCAAUGUCCUUCAGUCAUUCGGUCGCUCAUCCAUCACGGCGCCUCCUUGACAUCCCUCAGUCUGCACAUCGACAUGAUCUCACGACCUAAUGGUGCCGUCGAAGAAUGCUUUGUGAGCUCAUUGAAGCCGCUGGUCAACCUCGCUUGCUUGACUGCAGACCAGUGCAUUCUUUUUACCUCAACCGUAUGGACUUGCAUUGCCCAACUCCCCAACUUAAAGGAAGUCCACUCACCAAAGUUCGUCGAGGAGGAAUCCGGCGCCGACGCACCCGAUCCCUCGACCUGGCAUAGUCUCGAACCCUCCACAUUCGAUACUCCAUUCCCAUCUCUUCACACUAUCGAGAUGGCCGUCCCGUCUCAGUUAGCGGUAAUUGUUCUAGGGUAUUAUCCCUUAGAUGGCGUACGUUUUCUCAGACUGCUACUGACGGACGACGAGAACGAUCUACCAACAGAGCAGUCGCUAAUCCAAAUAGUCACAAUAUGUAAAGGCUUACAUGAAUUGCUCCUCGUAGCCCCUGAUUUCAGCCUCCCUGUGCUGAAACUGCCUCUAUCGCCUAAUCUCACUUAUUUGAUGGUCUGCACCAAUGACGUUGAGACGAUUACCAAUGCUGAAUUGGUAGAUCUAUGCUCCAAGAUGCCCAACCUUGAAGAAUUGGGUUUAAUCCCGGUAGAGGUCGAUAGAAAUGAUGAUCCUCCGGGACUAACGCUGGAAGUCAUACGGUCAAUUGCGGGCGUAUGCCCUCGUCUCGAGCGCGCUUCGUUGUAUAUUAAUACGGAUGUCUCGGGUAUUCAAUUUUCCUUCGACGAUCCUCCUUUUCCUUCGAAUCAUCCACUUUCUACGCUAUGCUUCGCGCCCUCCCCAGUCCGGAAUCGCUCCGAGGUGGCAGCGUAUCUGUGUACUGUGUUCCCGGACGCUCGACGUGCACCGACGAUCAUGGCACCAAGAGUUAGUUUCCAACAACAUUUCAGUUGGGGAGGGCCGCAUCAUCACGAUCCUGAGGAGGAAUGGAAGUGCGUUUCGGAGUUUAUGGAUAAGCUCAGGAGGCGAGUCAUCCCUUGUUUCCGGAGUCGAUUGGAACAGAUGGGUGCAGAAUUGGAGGCGUUACGGAAGAAAUCCUGA